CCCAGCCCUCCUCACCACACAGCCCAGCCCUCCUCACCACACAGCCCAGCCCACCUCACCACACAGCCCAGCCCUCCUCACCACACAGCCCAGCCCUCCUCACCCCACAGCCCAACCCUCCUCACCACACAGCCCAGCCCUCCUCACCACACAGCUCAGCCCACUGCCUACCUGAUCACUGCCCACCUGAUCACUGCCUACCUGAUCACAGCCUACCUGAUCACUGCCUACCUGAUCACUGCCUACAUGUUCACUGCCUACCUGAUCACUGUCUACAUGUUCACUGCCUACCUGUUCAAAGCCCCUGUCACCAGAAGCUUGACAAUGAGCCCAGUGGCCACUGAUCAA